GUUUUAGCCCUCAGAGGAUCUUACCAUGGCGACACUUUGGGUGCUAUGGAAGCACAGGCACCAUCACCUUAUACUGGAUUUUACCAGCAACCAUGGUAUAAGGGAAGAGGUCAUUUUUUAGAUCCGCCAACAGUUGCCAUGUGUGAUGGUGUCUGGAAACUUAGCCUUCCUCAGGAGAUUGAAACUCAAAAACCCAAUAUUGAAGAUUUGACUUUCAGUUUGCGUGAGAACAUAUUCAAGGAAAGUCGUGACAAUUCAAAUCUUUCUGAGAUAUAUCAUUCGUAUAUACGGCAAGCAUUACAGCUACUUAUGGACUCAAGCGGAUCUACUCAGACUGGGGCAUUGAUUAUAGAACCAGUGAUACAAGGUGCUGGAGGAAUGGAAAUGGUCGAUCCACUAUUUCAGAGAGUACUUGUUAAAGAAUGCAGAAGUCAAAAGAUUCCUGUUAUUUUCGAUGAGGUUUUUACGGGAUUCUGGCGUCUGGGAGCAGAGUCUGCCACGGAGUUUAUCUUCUGUAAGCCAGAUAUAGCCUGCUAUGCCAAGUUGAUGACUGGUGGCAUUGUGCCCUUGGCUGUCACUUUAGCAUCAGAAGCUGUAUUUGAAGCAUUUGUUGGAGAUUCAAAGCUCCAGGCUCUCUUGCAUGGUCACUCUUACACUGCACAUGCAAUUGGUUGUACCGCAGCUGUAAAGUCAAUCAAAUGGUUUAAGGACUCCAAAACAAAUCCUAAUUUGACAUCUGAAGCCGUGAUGCUCAGGGAGCUGUGGGAUUCAGACUUGGUGAGACAGAUUUCCUUACUUCCAGCAGUGCAUAGAGUGGUUGUGUUGGGGACUCUAUGUGCAUUGGAACUUCGAGCAGAAGGCUCUAACGCGGGGUAUGCUUCACUGUAUGCCAGAUCUCUCAUUCAGAAGCUCCGUGAAGAUGGCAUCUAUAUGAGGCCUCUUGGCAAUGUCAUUUAUCUCAUGUGUGGGCCUUGUACAUCUCCUGAGAGUUGCAGCAACUUACUAAACAAGGUGUAUAGAAGACUUGAAGAGCUCUAAACCAGUGAAUCUACGUCAAGACUAGAUGGCUUGUGGCAAAAACUGUGAAGUUCAAUGUGUUGAAGGUGGGGAAAAGAAAGCAUUUUACAGGACUAGAGCUUAGUGUCUGUAAUUUUGUAGUUACAUUCAGAGAUUAGAAUUAUGAUGAGAACUAUACUUGACACCAACCAACUCUGAAUUUUAAGGAUUUCUUUAUUUCCAGCAUCGCAUAUUAAAUUAACUUCAA